CUUACAAUACAUAUAUAUGUAAGUAGGUAGCGAUGUCUACUCAGUGUUUCAACAGUUACUGUUGUAGAGACAGGACGUCAACUUUUUUACACAAAGGAACCAGACCAAGUCAGACGGGAGAGACGAUGGCUCGCUUGACCUUGACAUUCCUGAUGGCUGUACUGUACGUGGUGUAUGUGGCUACAGCCUACGAAUACGACAGAUACCGGUUUGAUGGAGGCGGAUACGAUGGGUUUGGUGACUCCUAUGGCAGGAUGGGUUAUGGGAGGUUCCCAUAUGGUGGGAUGGGAGGAUUCCCCGUCCCAUAUGGCGGCUACCAUCAUGAGUACAUGGAGGGACAUCCGUACGCAUAGUGUACACGUGUACACAUGUGGCAUUGUAUGGGGGGGGGGGUCUGGUGGAAGCUGCUUAACCCAGGGUCAACAUCAGAUGCCAGAUGACAGAUGACAGAUGACAGAUGACAGAAGUCCUUGUCGGUGAAGACAUGCAGAAACUCAGUGCUACGGGGACUUAUGGCUGUAUUCUGUUUUAUGAUGUCUAAUUAAGUAUUAUGUAUUAUGACUUAUGAAUGUAUUAUGACAUCUGACUUCUGAAUGUACUAUGCAUUAUAACUUCUGAAUGUUUUAACACUUCUGACUGUAUUAUGCAGUUUGACUUGUGAAUGUGUAUUGUCUGUGAUGUAUCCAAAUAUUCACAUACUUUGUUUUUGUAUCCUAGAUUUUGUUGAA